AUGUCGCUGCUUCCUCAUAUCGCCACAUAUGCUACUCAUUCACUAGCGAUAGCUAUCACACUAUUGGUUUUAUGGAAAACCACUAGCUGGUUCUUGGUCAAGCAGAACUCACCUCUACGGCACGUCCCAGGACCUCCCGUUUCCAGCUGGCUAUACGGACAUGCCAAGGAGAUUUAUGGAUCCGAGAUAGCUGUUGUACAAGAGAAGUGGUCGGAGACAUAUGGCAACACGUUCAAGUAUAAGAGCGUUCUCAAUCAAGACGUGCUGUACACGGCUGAUACCCGGGCAGUAAGCCAUGUUUUCAAUCAUACAGACGAGUACCAGAAACCAGAGGACGUCCGGUCCAGUCUGGCUGAGCUCCUGGCCGAAGGACUGCUGGUAGUGGAAGGUGAACAACACCGUCGACAGAAAAGGGUCAUGAACGCCGCAUUCAGUCCAGCUCAAAUACGAGAGCUUACGGAGAUCUUCAUCGAAAAGUCCAUCCGCUUGUGCAAUGUCUGGAAAGAUAGAAUGCCCGCAAAUGGGGAACUUACACAUGUCAAUAUCUGUGAAGACCUGAGUCGGGUGACGUUUGAUAUCAUUGGAUUAGCCGACGACUUAAAUCUACCAGGGUUCAACCAUGAUUUUGAUUCCAUGAACCCUGAAGCGAAACCGGAUCCACUCACCAAUGCCUUCAAAGCUGUUUUCAGGCAAUCGUCAUCAAUGCCCACCAUCGUUCGGAUGCUGAAGAAAUAUGUACCUUUUUUCCGUCAAUUCGCUGCGAAAUUCAUUCAGUUUGAACGGGAUCAGGCUUCGGCCCGCAGUGUGAUGAACCGUAUGGGCAUGCAGAUGAUCAAAGAAAAGAAGGCAGAAAUUUCGAGCGCAAUCGCCGCGGCGGGAUCGGACCAAAAAUUGAAUAGCGUGAAUAGCCGAAACUUAUUGACGGUGCUGAUCAAGGCGAAUAUGGAUCCUAGCAUUUCGCCGAGUCAAAGGCUGUCUGACAAGGAUGUUUUAGCUCAGGUUCCGACCUUCCUGGUUGCGGGACACGAAACCACUAGUAACUCUACGGCUUGGGCCAUGUUCGCGCUGAGCCAGGCACCUGAGGUACAACAUAGGUUGCGUGAGGAGCUCCGGAAUGUGCCCACGGAAACCCCGACGAUGGAUGAGCUAUCAGCACUCCCAUAUCUUGACGCCGUCGUACGUGAAGUGCUGCGCCUCUAUGCGCCUGUGCCGAUAGCUCUGCGCACUGCGGUGAGGGACGAUGUCCUUCCAUUGCAGACACCGUGGACAGACAUAUACGGGCAACAGCACGAUAGUAUCAAUGUUCCCGGAGGGACCCUCAUCGAUAUUCCUCUCCUUGCGAUGAAUAGAUCGAAGGAGUUGUGGGGAGAAGAUGCGUUCGAGUUCAAGCCGGAACGAUGGUCCUCGAUCCCUGCCAACGCCCGCAGUAUCCCGGGCGUUUGGUCCAACUUGACAACUUUUCUAGGUGGUCCACGGUCAUGUAUCGGAUAUCGUUUCACAAUCAUUGAGAUGAAGGCAAUCAUCUUCUCGCUCAUUCGGGCCUUUGAGUUUGAGCUUGCGAUCCCAGCCAGCAGCAUCAAGGCGACUUGGGGUUUGGUUCAACGACCUCGUAUUCGUGGCGAGGAAGAGAAAGGUGCACAGCUGCCGAUGCAUCUGAAGCUAUAUAAGCCACUCUGA